AUGGGUCGUCGCCCCGCUCGCUGCUACCGCUACUGCAAGAACAAGCCCUACCCCAAAUCCCGAUACAAUCGCGGUGUGCCGGACUCGAAGAUUCGCAUCUUCGACCUUGGGCGUAAGCGUGCUUCCGUCGACGAGUUCCCAUUCUGCUGCCACCUUGUCUCGGACGAGUACGAGCAGCUGUCGAGUGAGGCGCUUGAGGCUGCCCGUAUCUGCGCCAACAAGUAUGUCACCAAGACAUCCGGCAAGGACUCGUUCCACUUGAGGGUCCGCGUCCAUCCCUUCCACGUCCUACGUAUCAACAAGAUGUUAUCCUGCGCAGGUGCCGAUCGUCUCCAAACUGGUAUGCGCGGCGCAUGGGGCAAGCCCUAUGGCUUGGUCGCCCGUGUUAACAUUGGCCAGAUCAUUCUGUCCAUCCGGUGUAAGGACCAGAAUGCGGCGGUUGUCCAGGAGGCACUCCGCCGUGCGCGGUACAAGUUCCCUGGCCGCCAGAAGAUCAUUGUUUCCCGCAAGUGGGGCUUCACGAACGUCAACCGUGAGGACUACUUGAAGCUGAAGGAGGAGAAGCGUGUGUGGCAGGAUGGUGCUUACGUUCAGUAUAUCCGCCCGAGGGGCAACCUCGAGAACAACCUCCGCGCGCAGCUUAAGGCAUGA